GCAGAAGUAAACAGCUGCGGCGUUCUGCAGGAAAGUGUUUUAAUUUUAGUAGGAACUUGCUAAGAAAUAGCUGCAGUUCUCCAGACUAUAGAAACAUGGGAUGUCGUUAGUCACCCGGGUUUGCGCAUGCGCACUAAUUGCUCUGACCCUUUCCUUCGUGUGUAGUGUAGUGCAGCAUGUAGACCACAUAAACUGCCCAAGUCUGAACUAACUCCAGCAUGUGUGCAGGUUGAGGAUAAUAAACACUUUGUUGGUGGUCUGCCAAUGCUGUGUUCCCUCAGCAAGAGUCUACAUCAGUGGCGAGUGUACCACUGUAACCCAAUCCUCACAGUCCACACAGCUGUAACCUCCUACCAGGCGAGCAGCGUUUUUUUUAAAAUAGCAACUCUCAAACUAUUAUGUACUCUGUGUAUGAUAUGCCAAGCUGGUAGCAAGGUACUGAAUUUAAUUCUACUCUUCUGCCUGUUUUGGAGGUUGACUGGUGCAGAUGUUUCUUAACCUGUUAUAUAAUAACGAUUUUUUUUGCUAGGUUAGGAGGUCGCCUUAGGACUCAAGGAGAGAACAGGCUUCAACUGGCUUCAUUACACAGGCUUGAGUUUCAGUGGGAGUAGAGGAUUAGAAUAAAAAGAUAAGAUUAUAAGCAAUUUUAUUUUUUUUUCAAAAUAUUUUCCCCAAAUUGAAUAUAUCUAUGUACAAUUACUGAACCAUUUCUCUUUCUGAUAGAUUUUGCAUUCCAAAUGGCAGAAGGUGGCGUCUCUGUGCUGCUCUUAUUUUGCUCCCUGUUCUCAGGACUGGUGUGUUACAAAAACUUUUUUUUUGAAAAUCGAGACAAGAUCAAGAUGAAAGAAAGGCCAAAUUUUAUUAUUAUCCUGGCUGAUGAUAUUGGUUGGGGAGACCUCUGGACAAAUGAGUCUGACAAUACUACCCCCUGGCUGAAUAUGUUAAAGCUGGAAGGCAAAAGGUUUACAGACUUCCACUCUCCUGCUUCCACGUGUUCGCCCUCGCGUGCUGCAUUACUGACUGGUAGACACGGCUUACGCAAUGGAGUAACUCACAAUUUUGCAAAGGGGUCUAUUGGAGGAUUACCACUUAAUGAGACAACAUUUCCCCAGCUCCUACGUGAUGCUGGCUAUUACACUGCCAUGAUUGGAAAAUGGCAUCUUGGACACAGUGGUCCAUACCAUCCAGUCCACAGAGGUUUUGAAUAUUAUCUUGGCAUUCCAUAUAGUAACGACAUGGGCUGCACUGAUGAGCCUGGCUUUGACCUGCCCACCUGUUUCCCAUGUGAACAAAGUAAACACAGUAGCAGAAAAGGUGGAGGGUGUGACACAAAAAUAGCAUUACCUCUAUUCGAAAAUCAGAGCAUAGUUGAACAACCACUGGAUCUUUGGGAUCUCACAGAAAAAUAUGCUAAAGCAGCAGCCACACAGAUUUUGACUGCAAGGAAUAGGGGGCAGCCUUUCCUGCUGUAUGUGGCUUUGGCCCAUAUGCAUGUUCCUCUGUUCCAUAAUCGCUUCCUGAACGUAACCGCAAAGGAAGCUUAUUCAGCCAGUCUUCAUGAUAUGGACAGUUUAGUGGGGAGUAUAAAAGUUGCAGUUGAGGCCUUUCAGAUGAAGAACACACUUAUAUGGUUUACUGGUGAUAACGGCCCAUGGGAGCAGAAAUGCGAGUUUGCAGGGAGUACUGGGCCUUUUCUAGGGAAGUGGCAGACCAGCAGAGGUGGAGGCUCAGCCAAGAGGACCACGUGGGAAGGGGGCCAUCGAGUUCCAUCAGUGGUCGUCUGGCCAGGGAAAAUAUCACCCAACAGCACUAGUAAUGCCCUGCUGAGUGGUAUGGAUAUCUUUUCCACAAUCCUCUCCUUAGCCAGUGUGGAUCCUCCUUCAGACCGACAUUACGACGGGAUUGACGUAACAGACAUCCUACUCCAUGGGUCGGAUACAGGACAUAAGAGCCUCAUGCAUCCGAACAGCGGGGCAGCAGGGCAGUUUGGAGACCUGCAGACUGUCAGACUGGGACAUUACAAAGCUUUUUACAUUACAGGUGGUGCAGAAGCCUGUGGUGGAGGAACUGGAAAGCAGAAGCUUCAUGAUCCUCCUUUGAUUUUUAAUCUGGACAAAGAUGAGGGAGAAGGGUCACCUCUAGACCCAGCCAGUAAGGAGUAUCAACUCCUCUUCAAGGAAAUUGAGCGAGAGCGUGAGGUGCUGUUAUGGGAUAUUGCCACAGACAAUGUGUCUACCGCAGAUUACACUGUAUCUCAGAGCGCAGUUCCCUGCUGUCAACCCCAGAACCCUGCCUGUCGAUGCCAUAGGCCAAACUAAAUGCUGUGACUUCAUACACAGCUGUUUGAAACACAAACUAUAUAGAAGAAAGAGCACAAAGUCAUCCAUGCUCCAAGAAGGCGGCAAGCAUGGCAGUGUAGUGUUAGCAUUCUCAGCCUCAUAACUCCAGGGUUCCUGGUUCAAUCCUGACCUUAGGUUAGUCUGUGCAUGUUCUCUCCCCAAGUUCUGUCUUCCCACUGUUCAAAACAUGCCGGUAGUAAAAUAGGCUACACUAAAUUGUUACUAGGUGUGAGGGGCCCUGCAGUGUGCCUCAUGUUGACAGGAUGUGCUCUUAAAUCCACCACAACUCUGACAAGAUAAAACCCAAGAUUAUUUUAGAAGUAAUUUUUUUUUUUAUGCUGCAUUGCAAAAUAGUAACCCCUCAGUGACUCUCUGAAAUCAUCUGUUUGUAUAUAGCUCUCACAUAUUUUUGAAUAAAUAAACCAAUGAAAAAUA